AGAACAUGGAACUCACUCUUCCGUGACAUCAGCCCCAGGACACCACGGGCAAAGCGGCUGCUGCAGGCACUGCGGCUGUGGCUGUGCUGCUGCACGGAGCUCUCAGUGCUUGCAGCUGACACGUGCCCCUGGCAGCUAUGAAUUGGCUCACCCUCCUUGGCCUGCUGACCACGGCUGGGCUGGCACAGAGCAUACAGACCACCUGCGGAUGGACUUGCGGCCUCCGACCCAUGGUGUCUGACUCCAUACCUCCUGAUGACGGCAUGACACGCAUCGUGGGUGGCACAGGUGCCGAGCCUGGGGCCUGGCCCUGGAUUGUCAGCAUCCAGCACCCCUGGUUACCAGGUGCAAAGCAUUGGUGUGGAGGGUCCCUCAUCAGUGCAGAGUGGGUCCUCACAGCAGCCCACUGCUUUGACAAGAUCAAGAAAAUUGGCAUCCUGAACGUGGUGAUUGGGGCCACCCAGUUGACUCAGCCAGGCCCUGGGGCAGAAGUGCGCAAGAUUAAGAGGCUACUUCGUCACGAAAACUAUAAGAGAAGUGAUAUAAGUAAUGAUAUUGCCUUGCUGGAACUGAAUGAGCCUGUCCAGUGUAGCUCUUAUAUCCAGUUGGCCUGUGUGGCUGACCCCACCCUAAGAGUCUCAGAGCUCAUCAACUGCUGGAUUGCUGGCUGGGGUUCAACCACAGAAGGAGAUGAAGACUCAAGUGAUCACCUGCAAGAGGCCAAGGUCCAGCUCAUCGAUGUCCAGCUCUGCAACAGCAGUGGCUGGUACUCAGGGAAAAUCCACACCCACAACUUGUGUGCUGGUUACCCUCAGGGCAAGAUUGACACCUGCCAGGGUGACAGCGGUGGUCCUCUCAUGUGCCAGGACAACAAUGCAGACUCCUGGUGGGUUGUCGGAGUGACCAGCUGGGGAAGAGGCUGCGCCAGAGCAAAGCUGCCCGGAGUCUACACCUCCACUCAGUACUUCUAUGACUGGAUUCUGGCCCAGAUGGGGCUGAGCCCAUUUGGAAGUCAUCCCUCCAUGCCCAAGGCAGUGGGGUUGGAGCUAGAUGAUCACCAAGAUCCCUUCCACCCCAAACCAUUUCAUGGCUCACCAAGUAAACAUUGCCCCUACCCAAGUGAGUCCCCAGGGAUAUGUGGGCUCCGACCCAUGGUGUAUGAGUAUGAGUACAUGGAUCAUGACAAUGGCACGACACGUGUUGUCGGUGGUGCGGAUGCCAAACCAGGGGCCUGGCCCUGGAUCAUCAGCCUUAAGCAUCCUGCAAUACCAGGCACAAGACACCUGUGUGGAGGGUCUCUCAUCACUGCAGAGUGGGUCCUCACAGCAGCCCACUGCUUUGACAAGAUCAGGAAAAUUGCCAUGGUUUAUCUGGUGAUUGGGGCCACCCAGUUGACUAAGCCAGGACGUGGAGCACAACUGCGACGGAUUAAGAAGUUAGUGCGUCAUGAACACUAUAAUCCAAGUGACAAAAGUAAUGACAUUGCCUUGCUGCAGCUGAGCAAGCCUGUUGACUGCAACCCCUAUGUUCAGCUGGCCUGUGUGGCUGACCCCGCCUUAAGCCUGUCAGAGCUGCAGAACUGCUGGGUGGCUGGCUGGGGUUCCACUACUGCAAGAGCUCAAAAGUCAAGUGAUGUCCUACAGGAGGCCAUGGUCCAGCUCAUUGAUGUCCAGCUUUGCAACAGCAGUGGCUGGUACUCAGGGAAAAUCCACACCCACAACUUGUGUGCUGGUUACCCUCAGGGCAACAUUGACACCUGCCAGCACGUGCCCCUGGCAGCCAUGAAUUGGCUCGGCCUCCUCCUCCUGCUGACUGUGGCAGGGCUGGUGCAUGGGAUAUCGGACAACUGCAGAUGGACUUGCGGCCUCCGACCCAUGGUGUCUGACUCCAUACCUCCUGAUGACGGCAUGACACGCAUCGUGGGUGGCACAGGUGCCAAGCCUGGGGCUUGGCCCUGGAUUGUCAGCAUCCAGCAUCCGAGGAUACCAGGCACAAAGCAUUUCUGUGGAGGGUCUCUCAUCAGGGCAGAGUGGGUCCUCACAGCAGCCCACUGCUUUGACCUCAUUUUUAACACCUCCUUGAUCUACGUGGUGAUUGGGGCCACCCAGUUGACUCAGCCGGGCCCUGGGGCACAAGUCCGCCAAAUUAAGAAGUUACUACGUCAUGAGAAAUAUCGGAGACGUGACUUGAGCAAUGACAUUGCCUUGCUGGAAUUGAGCAACCCCGUCCAGUGCAACCCCUACAUCCAGCUGGCCUGUGUAGCCGAUGCUAUCUUAGAAGCAUCUGUGUCACAGGAGCAUAACUGCUGGAUUGCUGGCUGGGGUGCCACCACUGCAACAGAUAAAACCCCGAGUGAUCAAUUGCAGGAGGCCAAGGUACCUGUUAUCAAUAUCCAUCUGUGCAACAGCACCUUCUGGUACUCAGGGAAAAUCCACCCCUACAACUUGUGUGCUGGUUACCCUCAGGGCAAGAUUGACACCUGCCAGGGUGACAGCGGUGGUCCUCUCAUGUGCCAGGACAACAACGCUGACUACUGGUGGGUUGUUGGAGUGACCAGCUGGGGAAAAGGCUGUGCCAGAGCAAGGCAGCCUGGAGUCUACAUCUCCACUCAGUACUUCUAUGACUGGAUUCUGGCCCACAUGAGCACGAACAAUGUUUAAAGUGCUUCUUGAGCACCAGGGUGGGCAGCCUCCAGGGCAGGCUGCAGGGCAUAUCAAGUGUUUCUUGCUGGGGCAAUGCCUGUUGAUCCAAAGGCAGCCUCAGGGUCAAAACCCUGCUCUAUCCUGACAACACUCAUCUCCUCUGUGCACACAAACACUGGAGCUGACGUAGUGGUUGAAGUAAAAUUGCCAAUCAUCACAGGAA